CAGUGCGAGUUCGUCAGUGAACGACGACGGUUAGUACGAUUUGUAAUGUGUGUAGUGUGUGUGUAAAAACAAAAAGAAAAUUCAUUGAAACUGGCGUAAAUUGCGACAAAACAAACAGUCUGUGCCAUCUGUGUACGUGUGAAAUUACGUAAAAUUUAAACGCCUAUAUUGUCGACAUUUUCGACAUCAAAAAACUUGUCACAAUGAAGCUGUUCGCAGCAGCAACAGUUGCGCUCUUUCUGUUGGCCAUAACCCAAACGACGCCAGCGGAUGCCGAGGAUCAGGAGACGAGCACGGAUGAGGCAGGGAUCAGCGAGCCGUCCAUCAAAUUGGUACAUGUGCUUAAUCCCGGGGAGCGGGAAUAUCUGUCGCCCAAUUUGAUUGGCGUGCAGAAUAUUGCGAUGACAUUUCUGCCACUCUCGAUGAACUUUGUAAAUAUCAUCGAUGCCUUUCGCGAAAUUGUGAACGGGGUGCGCUACGAGAUUCUGCUGAAUGCAGUGGACACAAAGGCGAACGAUGCGGACACGAUUUGCCGCCUGGUCAUACUGGAGAAGCCCUGGAUCACCACACAGUGGGGCGACAAGCAGCGCGAGCUUGUCAACACGAAUUGCAGCGACCUGGCCGACAAUGCCCUGGCCGUCGAUACCGAACAGCGCUCCAAGCUGCUCAACGACAAAUAUUUAUCGCGCAACAGGCGUAGCCUCAACGAUGUGCCCGUGGGCGGCCGCAAGCCCUACGAUGAGAAACAGGCGGAGGAGCAGCUGCAGCGUACGCUGGACAAGCUCACCGCUGGCGAGGGACCGCACUACAGAAUUGUCAAGGUCUAUUCGGCCACGCGUCAGGUUGUCUCGGGCACUUUGACGCGCAUCGAUGCGGACCUGGUUGACAGCAAUGACGCACAGCGGCGCUGCAUUGUGGAGAUCUGGGCGCAGCCGUGGCUGGAACAGGGACACGAAGUGACGUUCAAGUGCCACAAUCAGCCAGCCGUGCAUGCUCGCCACAGCCGCUCCGUGGAGUGGGCCGAGAAGAAGACACACAAGAAGCACAAUCAUCACACGCUCAACAAGGUGGAGCAUCUGUUCCACAAGUUCCAAGUCAAGUACAAGCGUCGCUAUGCCAACAGCGCUGAGCAUCAGAUGCGGCUGCGCAUUUUCCGCCAGAGCCUGAAGACUAUCCAGGAGCUGAAUGCCAAUGAGCAAGGCAGCGCCAAGUAUGGCAUUACCGAGUUUGCGGACAUGACCAGCACGGAGUACGCACAGCGCGCCGGUCUCUGGCAGCGCAGCGAGGACAAGCCGACGGGCGGCGCAGCUGCUGUGGUGCCCGCCCAUGCGGGUGAGUUGCCCAAGGAAUUUGACUGGCGGCAAAAGAAUGCAGUGACGCAUGUCAAGAACCAGGGACAGUGCGGUUCCUGUUGGGCAUUCAGUGUGACCGGCAACAUUGAGGGCGCGUAUGCCAUCAAAACUGGCGACUUGCAGGAGUUCUCCGAACAGGAGCUGCUCGACUGCGAUUCCAAGGAUAGUGCCUGCAAUGGUGGACUCAUGGACAAUGCUUACAAAGCCAUCAAGGACAUUGGCGGCCUGGAAUACGAGUCUGAGUAUCCAUACGAGGGCAAGAAGAAGCAGUGCCAUUUCAACAAGACGCUGUCCCAUGUGCAAGUGUCCGGCUUUGUCGACCUACCCAAGGGCAAUGAGACUGCCAUGCAGGAGUGGCUGCUCGCAAACGGACCCAUUUCCAUCGGCAUCAAUGCCAAUGCCAUGCAGUUCUAUCGCGGCGGUGUCUCGCAUCCAUGGUCGCCGCUGUGCAGCAAAAAGAAUCUCGACCACGGCGUACUGAUUGUCGGCUACGGCGUUUCCGACUAUCCCAACUUCCACAAGACGCUGCCCUAUUGGAUCGUUAAGAACUCGUGGGGUCCGCGCUGGGGCGAGCAGGGCUACUAUCGCGUCUACCGCGGCGACAACACCUGCGGCGUCAGCGAGAUGGCCACGUCCGCACUGCUGGCCUAGACACACGCCCGCCCAUCUAUACAUCUAUAUAUAUUAAUAUAAAUAUGUAUCUAUGUUAAUGUUGGAGCUACAGCACAAAUUUCUUUUUGGCUUGCACUUGGCAUUUCUGUGUAUUUUUUUCGUUUGGACUUUUUGUUCCACUAUAAUCAUGUCGCAACACUUGUAGCCCAUUCCCAAAAUCAUAUGCAAUCCCCUAUAACAGCGCAGCAUAUAUUGAAAUAAACUUAUAAAAUUA